CUGGUGGUCUGGCGGUCUGGUGGUCUGGUGGUUCCCCUCCAGGUGGCCGUCAUGUCCCUGUGGAUGAUCCUCCCCGUCAGCCUGCCGGUCUUCACCAUCACGGGGAUCUGGGUCGUAUACACGAUGUCCCUGUACAACCAGCAUGUCUGCCCUGUGCAUAACUGGCUCUACAACGAGUCCUGCGAGGAGCCGCUUCCUCUCCAGAGGGGUCCGGUUCUGUGCUGCACCCUGGACAACAUCCCGCUCAUCAGUAAAUGUGGAACGCUGCCGCCCGAGAGCUGCUUCUUCAGCCUCAUCUGCAGCACCGGAUCCUUCAUGGUGAUGCUGAUCGGUCUCCUGCGUUACGCUCACGUCAUCGAGAAACACCAGAACUGCGUCCUCAACACAGCCGGCCUCUCCGCGGCCUGGAUCUGUGCCGCCGGCCUCAUCAUGGUGGGGAACUUCCAGGUGGAUUUCGCCAAAGUCCUCCACUACGUGGGCGCCGGCGUGGCCUUCCCCUCCAGCAUGCUGUUCGUGUGCCUCCAGGCGGCGCUGACCUACCGGCGGGCCGAGAGCCGGCCGGAGUACCGGGUGGGUCUCCUCCGAGCCGCGAUGGCGCUGCUGGCUCUGGUCGCCCUGGUGCUCAGUGGCGUGUUCUUCUGCCAGGAGAGCUUCGCCCUGCAGCACGCCUCCGCCAUCUUCGAGUGGAUCUACUGCGUGCUCAUCAUGCUCUUCUACGGGACCUUCGCCUUCGAGUUCGGGGGCAUGUCGAGUGACACGCUGAUGGUCCUGUCCGGAGGAGGAAGAGGAGGAGGAAGAGCAGGAGGAGGAGGAGGAGGAGGAGGAGGGGUGCAGAGCUUCUCCACCUCUGGACACAAGAUGGAGGCCGGCGGCAGCUCCAACCACCACCAGCCAGACAGCUUGUCGAUGCUGUAAUCGAGCUGCAGAUGCUCCCUGGAGGUCAAAGGGCGACACGCGACCUGGAGGUCAAAGGGCGACACGCGACCUGGAGAGGCCGGGAGGUCGAAUCCUCUCGGUUGCAUACGGCGCCAAAGACUCAAGACUUUCAUCCUGCUUUGCUCAGGUGCAAAAGUGCCUUUCUGAACACUGAACGAGAUGAACACACACACACACACACACACACACACAAAGAGACUCAAAACAACUAUGAAAAGAGGCAAGACAGCAUUGUUUUACAUGUCUGAGGUACCUUUUACAUGUCUGAGGUACCACCUUUUACAUGUCUGAGGGACCUUUUACAUGUCUGACGGACCUUUGAGGGACCUUUUACAUGUCUGACGGACCUUUGAGGGACCUUUUACAUGUCUGAGGUAUCUUUUACAUGUCUGAGGUAUCUUUUACAUGUCUUAAGGACCUUUGAGGGACCUUUUACAUGUCUGAGGUAUCUUUUACAUGUCUUAAGGACCUUUGAGGUACCUUUUACAUGUCUGAGGGACCUUUUACAUGUCUGAGGGAGCUCUGAGGCCCUUGUACAUGUCUGAGGGACAUUUGAGGUACCUUUUACAUGUCUGAGGUAUCUUUUACAUGUCUUAAGGACCUUUGAGGUAUCUUUUACAUGUCUGAGGGACCUUUUACAUGUCUGACGGACCUUUGAGGGACCUUUUACAUGUCUGAGGUAUCUUUUACAUGUCUUAAGGACCUUUGAGGGACCUUUUACAUGUCUGAGGUAUCUUUUACAUGUCUUAAGGACCUUUGAGGGACCUUUUACAUGUCUGAGGUAUCUUUUACAUGUCUGAGGUAUCUUUUACAUGUCUUAAGGACCUUUGAGGGACCUUUUACAUGUCUGAGGUAUCUUUUACAUGUCUUAAGGACCUUUGAGGUACCUUUUACAUGUCUGAGGGACCUUUUACAUGUCUGAGGGAGCUCUGAGGCCCUUGUACAUGUCUGAGGGACAUUUGAGGUACCUUUUACAUGUCUGAGGGACCUUUUACAUGUCUGAGGUAUCUUUUACAUGUCUUAAGGACCUUUGAGGUAUCUUUUACAUGUCUUAGGGACCUUCGAGGUACCUUUUACAUGUCUGAGGGACCUUUUACAUGUCUGAGGGGCCCGUAAUCCACCCAUGAACGUGGCCCACAAAGCCGCCUCUCCAUGUUAUAUAUCUCAUGUUAUAUAUUUUGCUGAAUCGGCUCUCGUGACAAUAGUGUUGCCCGGUUUGAAUGGGACCAAACUAUUUGUAUUGUUUGUAUUUGAUCAUAUGCAGAAACACUCGAACCAGAACCAACUCUUCCAUGAUGUAUGCAGAGAAAAGCAAAGAGGCUUGAGAAAAAUAAAAUGCCUUUUUGUUCAAAUGUUUUAUUG